UACUCGAGCGCGUCCUCCUCCAAACAGGUUGGGUUGGUCUGAUAUAUGUUUUUUUGCUUCCUAUCAUACUUUUUUGUCUAUUAUUCAUUCUUUUGCAAAACCUCAGUCUUACAAGGAGGCCUGUCAGGAUUCUAAUUGGGUACGAGCUAUGGCGGAUGAGUUGUUUGCCUUGCAGAAGACUAACACUUGGACGUUGGUUCCCUUGCCUGUUGGCAAGAAUCUGGUUGGUUGCAAAUGGGUCUAUAAAGUCAAGACUCUUUCUGAUGGUUCUCUCGAGCGAUACAAAACUCGUUUAGUUGCCAAGGUUUUCUCACAGGAGUAUGAUAUUGAUUAUGAGGAGACCUUUGUCCCUAUUGCCAAGAUAACUACUGCCCGUACCUUAAUUUCUGUAGCUGCUGUUUGACAUUGGCCUCUCUAUCAGAUGGAUGUUAAGAAUGCUUUUCUUAAUGGCCAUCUCAUUGAGGAGGUCUACAUGCAUCCACAUUUUGGCCUUCCUCAUUCAUUUGGGAAGGUGUGCCGACUUCAACAUGCUCUUUUAAUGGUUUAAAGCAAUCUCCUCAUGCUUGGUAUGAUCGCUUUCAAACUACUGUUACCGAGCUUGGGUUUCACCUUUCUGCCUUUGACUCUGCUUUGUUUCUAAGACAUACCUCGGUUGGCUUUGUUGCUCUCUUACUCUAUGUGAAUGACAUGAUCAUCAGUGGUUCUGACUCUUCUGCUAUCUCUGAGGUCAAGCAACAUCUCUUCCACACCUUCGAAAUGAAGGAUCUCGGUUCUUUGCGGUAUUUUCUUGAUAUUGAGGUUGCUUAUUCUUCAAAGGGCUAUUUUCUAUCCCAGGCUAAGUAUUCUAAUGAGUUUAUUCACCGUGUUGGUCUUACUGAUACUAAGAUUUCUGAUACACUCAUUGAGCUUAUUGUGAAGCUCAACUCUACUGAUGGUGUCUCACUGGAUGAUCCUACUUUAUAUCGAGAGCUUGUGGGUUACUUAGUUUAUCUGACGGUUACUCAUCCUAGUCUUGCCUAUGCUGUUCAUGUGAUUAGCUAGUUUGUUUUUGCUCCUCGCUCUACACAUUGGGUUACUUUGGUUCGAAUUCUUUGCUAUCUCCGGAGCACUAUUUUUCAGGGUUUACUGUUGGCUUCUACUUUCUCUUUGGACUUAGUGGCUUAUGUUGAUUCUGAUUGAGCUGGUGAUGGCACUGAUCACAAGUCCACUUCUGGCUUCUGCAUGUUUCUUGUGAUUCCUUGAUUUCUUGAAAAAGUAAGAAACAGACUGUUGUUGCACGUUCUACUGCCGAGGUUGAGUACUGUGCUAUGGCUUAUGCCACUCCUGAGAUUGUUUGGCUUCGUCGUCUCUUGACUGAUUUGGGUGUCCCUCAGUCUUCUUCGACAUCCUUUUACUGUGACAACCGUAGUGCUAUUCAGAUUGUCCAUAACAUUGUCUUCCAUGAGUGGACGAAGCACAUUGAGAUUGAUUAUCAUUUUAUCCGUCAGCAUCUGCAGUCUGGCUCCAUCUCGCUUCCUUUCAUCUCUUUGGCAUUGCAACUUGCUGAUUUCUUUAUCAAGACUCACACCACUAUUCGCUUUCAUUUUUUUUCUUGGCAAACUCUCAGUGUUUUCUGUUAGCAUAUUAUAUUAUUUUCUGAGUUUUUUGGUUUGUAAUUAUUCUAUGCCCUCAGGGCUCAUCUUGUAAUUGUCUCAUCUUGUAAUUGUUACAAACCCUAAUCUUCAUUUAUAUAAAUAGGGGAUGAUAUCCUAUCAAACCCUUAAGCUGGUUACUCAAGCUUCAUGGUAUCAGAGCAGAACCUCUAGGGUUUUGGCUCACCCUUGUUGGUCGACCUCUGCACCAACGACACUCUAGGGUUCGAAACUUACUUAGGUUGAUCAUCUACUGCGUUGAUCUUCAGCUCGUCGAUCCCUGCUUCGUCUGCAUCACUCAGUCGCCGUCGUCACUCAGUCACCUUCCUCUGUCGAUCGUCACUCAGCCGCCUUCCUCUGUCGCCUUCGUCACUCAGCUGCCUUCCUCAGUCGAUCUCCUCAGCUCGUCGAUCUCCUCCAGCAGUUCGUCGAUCUCCUUCUCUGGUAUACUCUCAUCUCUGUUUGGUAUACCUAUGUCGUGUAUAAACACCGUACCAAUACAUAUAUGAAUGAAUAACUAAAUAAAUACAAAACUAAAAAAAAAAUUGGUUUCUUAAUUUUGUUAUGCUUUUAUAGUGGUUAUUGUGCCUGUUCUUUCACCACCACCUUCCGGGUUUGUGAUUGCCACUAGUUUUGUUGCGGGUACGGUAGUAUAGUAUCCAUGGCAGAUUCCACCAGUGUGUCCCCUACUUCUCAAACACCGAGGAGUGAGAGUCCCAUUAUACAUACUACCAUGACUGAGAACCCCAACCCUAGUCUGAAAAUCACCACCUCUCUAUUUAAUGGUCAGAACUACCUAUUAUGGUCUCAAAGAUUGACUAUAUUUUUGAAGAGCAGAGGGAAGAGAGUGUAUGUUGAUGGCAGGAUACAGGCACCUAGUACCACUGACUCGGGUUAUGACCAAUGAGAGAUUACCAACUCCUUGAUUAUGGGUUGGCUUAUUCAUUCGAUGGUUCCUGAAAUUGGUGAGGGCUACUUGUCUAUGGAGACUGCCCAGGAUGUUUGGGAUGCUGUGGCUGCCACCUAUUCCCGCAAAGAGAAUUUCUCACAGGCAUUUGAGUUGCCCGGCUCUAUUGAGCGCUCACUUCAGGGGGGAACAGACUGUUCUGCAGUAUUUCACUUUCCUCACCAACGGCUGGAAACGCCUUGACCACCUGCAAGACUAUAAGCCUGUUUGCCCUGCUGAUUCUGUCGGGUACAAAAAGUUCAUCGCACAGGAACGGGUCUUUACAUUUCUGGUAGGCCUAAAUGUGGAGUAUGAUCCAGUUAGGGGUCGAGUUCUGGGUAUGGACACUCUUCCUUCACUUCAGGCGGCAUUUGCCUAUGUACAGAAUGAGGAGAGUUGCCGGUCUGCUAUGAUGUCCCCUAUCUCUACUGACCGCUCAGCAUUACUGUCUACUCCUCGAGAUGGCCUCAGCCUGACUCCCAUCCCUCCAUCUGCUGCUAAGGAGUUUGUAUUCUGUGAUUAUUUCAAGAAGCCGCGGCAUACUCGUGAGACGUGUUGGAAGCUUCAUGGGACUCCAUCCGGGGGUCGAGGUGAUCGGUCUGGUUCUCGAGGAGGUCGGUCAGGCCAGUGUAGAGGACGUGGUUCCUAUUCCCGAGCUUAUCAGUCUAGUGCCGUUGAUACACUUGAUUUUAAUUCUGCUUCUGUUGGCCAAGCUUCUGAUGCUAUGCUGAAAGAUGCUUUGCGCCAAUUGUUGGACCGCCGGUCUUCUACUGCUCUCAGUACAGUUUCCUCGUCCUUUGCCUGCUCAGGGCCUUGUCACGAGGAGGACGAUUGGCAGUGGUAGUGCAGAAAAUGGUCUCUACUUCUUGGAUCAACCGGACAAACUUGCUUAUUCUUCCAUCACGUCUUCUAUUACCCCCGCUGAUUUAUG